AUGGAUGCAAACCAGACGCAAGAAUUGGAGAUAGAGGCUUUGAAGGCCAUCUACGGUGACGAUUUCAAGGAUAUUCCACCUCCAAAGGCAUGGAAAGGUGCCUUAUCCUUUCCCGAAUUCACCAUCACGGUGCGGCCCAACGAUGAAGCGCUUCACGGCCGCGUUGAAUUCACUUUACACGUCAAAUUCUCCAAGACCUAUCCGAAAGUGCUACCAACCCUCUCUGUGGACGCAUUCAUGGGCCUAUCCAAACUUCAGAUCAACCAGAUGUUAGGGCUCUUAAAGGUAGAAGCCCAAAAGGCUCUCGGUAGAGAGAUGAUUUUCGAGCUAGUAACAUUCUGUCAAGAGUGGCUUGAUCAGAACCACACUGUCAAGGAGGAGGAUGAUACGCCGAACGUGUCUCUGGCAACUGAGAUGGAGCAUGAAAAGCAAUCGCAGGAGGCAGAGCUGCGGUUACGACAAUUGGAGAGCGAGCAAGCCGCCGCCCUUGCAAAGGAAAUCGACGAGAAAAAAGAGGAGAAGCGGCGGUUACGAGCUUUGAACACUUCUCUAGAUCAUGGUGGACCAGAGACCGCUGUAGACGAUGGUGGACUGCUGGUUGACAAUGUUUACGCCUUUGAUUCGGAAAUCAAAUGGAAGGGUUACCAGUUUCAUUCUGUGGCUCUAUCUAACCCAGUUCCUGAUGGAGCAGGGACAACGCUAAGGGCCGAUCCCCAAUGCGAGCUCAAAAAGGGACCACUCCAUAUACCAGUGCUGGAAGCCUACCGUGUCGUCUUUGACAACCCUCACUACAAGACCAAUUAUGGAUUCCGCAAGAUCACCGAAAUUCGGCGGGAGAUAGAAGUACUCCAAAGCAUUGACCAUUCGAAUCUCAUAAAGAUAUUUGCGGUUCAGGUCGACGAUGCCAUGCAUAUUCCUCGCAUGACAAUCCUGAUCGAGCAACGUUCAGUUGCAUCUCUCCGCGACGUCUUGCAGCAUUCUGAUGGCCUUAAAUUGGAAAGGACCCUUGAUUAUAUGGGACAAAUUCUCUUUGGACUGAGCGCGCUUCACGCUCGAGGCAUAUGUCAUCGUGGACUCACAGCCGAAUGCAUCAGCCUCGUGCCACUUUUCCAAGCGCCAAACAAGUCCCUCCUCAAGAUUGGACGGGCUUCAUAUCACUCACGCAUCUUAGAACUACACCGCUCAAAUAACAUUGUAGACGAGUUAGGAGAAGUAUGGACUCCACCAGAAGCCUGGGCAGCGCCAGAGGCAUUGGGCAGGCCGUUAGAGUAUCCCCUUUCAAGAGAUAUCUGGGCGACUGGCGUUAUUCUCUUGCAAAUGCUGCAUGGGUUCUCUAUCGUUGAGCAAUGCGAGGACCCAUACUCUGCGUUGGAGCAUGGAGAGCCCGCCUCACCAGGCUUGAUGGAUCUCCUCAAAUCUAUAUUCAUAUCCAACCGCAAGAAGAGCCCUUCAUGUACCGAGUUAACUCGCCGACUUUCGCAAAUUUCGGGUCCAAUUGUUGCUUCUGGAACCAUUCCCAUCCCAGCGGAUCUAAAGACCCCAAUGCCCAAGCACGAUAUGCGGCAUUCGCCCGAAGUCGGAUUCUUUAUCCCGCCCUCAAAGUCACAGCUUAUUGGACCGAAACGGGCCUCGCGAUACCAGGAAGACUGGGAGGAGUUGGAAUUCCUGGGUAAAGGCGGUUUCGGGUCGGUUGUGAAGGCCAGAAAUAAACUGGACGGUCGCAUCUACGCAAUCAAAAAAGUCAAGCUGCGUGGGACAGAGAACGACGAUAAGAUUUUCCGAGAGGUCAACGCUCUCAGUCGCUUAAACCACCGGUACAUCGUGCGCUACUAUGCUACAUGGCUCGAAGUAUCGACCCGUGGACGAAGAAGCAGCACAGGGACGAGUCGCCAAAACAGCUCCAGAGACUCAGACGAAGAAGAUGAGGACGAGGAUACAACGGAUUCGGACACGACUGCCUCGGCGUCAGGUAAUCGGCGCAAGAGGGAUGACUUCGACGAAGAAAACGUGCUUAUGUAUGACCUGGACGACUUGACGGUGAAUUCCAAAUCGAGAAGUGGGAGAUCUUUCCCGAGUAUUCACUUUGGCGACGAGACAUCGUCCAUGUCGCUCGUAGCCGACGACGAAGAUGAGGACGAGAGUAGCCCCGAGACAGAGGAGGAGGUCGAGCGUCCGAAUCGAAGCUAUACAAUCAUGCCGCCGAAGCCUGUUCCGAGAGUGCUAUAUAUACAGAUGGAAUUUGUAGAGCGACAGACCUUGAGAGAGCUAAUAAUGGAGGAUGGGCUUUCAGAGGAGCAUGCAUGGACUCUGUUUCGUCAAAUUUUGGAUGCUGUGGUGCACAUAUCCUCACUGGGAAUUAUCCAUAGGGAUUUCAAGCCUUCGAACAUAUUCUUAUCGGCAAGCGGUGAUUGCAAAAUCGGUGACUUUGGGCUUGCUACAUCUAGCUUAGCUGCUGUGGACCCGUCGGACGUGGAAGCUGGACGUACCGUUGAAUCUUCUGCGGAAAUGACUUCUGGUGUUGGAACGAGUCUAUAUGUCGCACCUGAGGUCUUGCACGCAAAGGGCAGGAAUCACUCCAAAGCUGAUAUGUACAGCCUCGGUAUUGUCUUCUUCGAGAUGAACUACAUGUUCAAAACGGGUGCAGAAAGGGUUGCUGUCCUCCAACAGCUUAGGCAACCAGAGAUCAUCUUCCCUAGUGACUUUGAUCGACCGGCACAGAAGAAGAUUAUCACCUGGCUAUUACAACACGACCCAGCUGAUCGACCGACGGCUGCAGAGCUCUUUCAGAGUUCGUUGCUUCCUCAGCAAAUGGAGGAUGCUUAUUUUAGAGAAGCAUCCAGGCUGAUGACCAAUCCUGAUUCCCCGCACUAUUCCAAGCUGCUUGCAUCGUUGUUCAGCAAACCCGUGAGCCAGAUACGAGACGUUCUCUACGACGAGGAAGAGCGCCCCGAACAUGUCGCACUCGAUGGCGUCGUGGAGGAUCGACUGAUUGACCUGUUCCAGCUGCAUGGAGCAGUGAGCAGCGAUCCUCUGUUGUUCAUGCCAGCGAAAAGCAGAGACGUAGAAGAUGCCAAAACAGCGGUCUAUCUUGACAGACAAGGCGAACUUGUGGCCCUCCCAAAGCACCUUAUCCAGUCGUUUGCACGUCUCGCGGCUCGCAUGGGCAUCGAGCGUAUCAAACGGUAUCAUAUCGGCAAUAUAUAUCGAUCAUCUCCCAACGGUGGUCAUCCAAAGAGCCUCAAGGUCGCCGUCUUUGACAUCAUUACAUCGGAUCCAUCUAUGGGUGUGUCUGAAGCGGAAGCGAUUGCAAUUGUCAGCGAAAUCAUCGACACAUUUCCGGGGCUCAAUGCUACGACGUAUGAUAUCCACCUCUCACAUAGCAAAGUUUGCGAGGUUGCCUUGGCGAAACUCUCAGAAGAACAAAGGAGAAAUGUGAUUGGCAUCCUCGAUAAUCACAAAACGGCACUUCCCCUCAAGCGAACACUGUUGACCAAGCUGGGUUUGGCACGCUCCACCUUGGACGAGCUGGAGAUUCUCUUGCAAAUCGAUGAUGUAGAAUUGACAAUAUCCAAAUUGUCAAAAAUGUCGUUUGGUAUCUCUCUCACGAAAGUCUUUGACGAGAUUCGGACAGUCGUCCGAUUUGCGACUAUUCUCGGUGUCAAGAGAAGGAUCUAUUUCAAACCCUGGCUCCCCAGCGACUUGUUUACAUCGGGCUUGGUAUUUGAAGUACUCAAAGGCACAAAACGCUCCGAUAUUAUUGCCUCUGGUGGAAGAUAUGAUCGACUACUCGCGAGCUACCGCCCUCCUACCGAUCCUCAACCAGCAUUGCCUAUUCGCGCCACUGGUGUACAGAUUGCUGUUGACAAGAUUACCGCUUCACUUGCGGCUCAUCAACGUGCUUCUAUCAAGCAACUCAUCAAGGACAAGAGAACCUACGGACUGUGGUCACCACGUCGAUGUGAUGUUUACAUCUGCGAUUAUACAUCGGGCAAGCUAUCGGAUCGGCUAGAGGUUGCAUAUAUGCUAUGGGAGAAUGGAAUCAGCGCGGAUAUCAUGUACGAUGGAGCCGUUGACGAGACGGACGAGGUGACGAUCGCCAAAUGCCAGAGCGAGGGGAUACUAUUUUUGGUAUAUCACAAGGCAAGUGCAGGUCGUCCAAGUUACAGGAUCCGGAGUGUGCUGCGAGGAACAGAGCAAGAGGCGCUGAAACACGAACUUGUUUCGACGUUGCAAAGUCUAUUGUUGGAACAGUCCCGGUUUGAUAAGGAGCACGAGAACUCCGUGACGGUCCCCAAGAUUAGAGAGUCGGCGGACGUUCCGAUCAUUCUAGCCCCUGACACUUCAACACGGAAGCAUAGGCAUACAACGAAGAAUCUAUAUCAAACGAGAGCAAACGCGAUCAUAGCGGACAUCCGCGACGCAAUUCAUGCGCCCAACCACUCUGUCGUUGGCGUUGAUUUACACCCGGCGGCAUGGAAUGCGAUCACGGCGAGCCAGACCUGGAUCACCAACGAUGGCGCAUGGCGCACGCUACUCGAAGAGACGCCGCAGUUGCAAAAGGAGGUGGGCAUGCAACUGCGUGAGUACAUUAACGGCAAGCGAAGCGCAGGUGUGAGCCUCGUAUUUCUGUUUUCUCUGCGGGACGAGAAGUUGUUCCUCUACCACUUUCAGUAG